AUGGAGAUUUUGACAAAAACUCCAGCCCAUGAUGAAGAAGAAUCUAAACGCUUCACAUAUGCAACGCAGCUUGUGACUUCUUCUGUGCUACCCAUGACGUUGAAUGCAGCCAUGGAACUGAAUGUAUUUGAAAUUCUUGCCAAAGCCGGUCCUGAUGCACAAAUUUCUCCUCACGAGAUUGCGUCCCAUAUGCCCACUACAAACUCCGAUGCACCUGCCAUGCUCGACCGGAUGCUUCGGCUCCUCGUAAGCUACUCAGUGCUUACAUGCUCCGUCAGCGAUGGCCAACGACGUUAUGGGCUAGCACCCGUCGCCAAAUACUUUGUGCAGAAUGAAGAUGGAGUUUCACUUUGUCCUCUCAUGGCCUUGCUUCAGGAUAAGGUCUUCAUUGACAGCUGGUACAAAUUAAAAGAUGCGGUUCUUGAAGGAGGUGUUCCAUUUGACAAGGUUCAUGGUACUCAUGCAUUUGAAUAUCCUGGAAAGGAUCCUAGGUUCAAUCAAGUUUUCAACAAGGCAAUGACCAAUCAUACAACUGUUGUUAUGAAACAAAUUCUUCAGCACUACAAAGGUUUCGACCACCUCAAAACUUUGGUCGAUGUUGGUGGGAGUCUUGGUGUCAACCUUAACAUGAUCACGACGAGAUAUCCCACCAUUAGUGGGAUCAAUUUCGAUUUGCCACAUGUUAUACGAGAGGCACCAUCCUAUCCUGGUGUCAAACAUGUUGGAGGAGACAUGUUUGAAAGUGUUCCUGGAGGAGAUGCCAUUUUCAUGAAAUUGAUACUACAUGAUUGGAGUGAUGGUCACUGUUUGAAAUUGCUUAAGAACUGCUACAAGGCUCUACCUGAAGAUGGAAACGUAAUUGUUGUUGAGGCAAUUCUUCCUGUGAAACCCGAAAAUAGUAGCUCCGUGAUUAGUAUGAGCCAAAGUGAUCUGAUUAUGAUGACUCAAAAUCCAGGGGGCAAGGAGAGAUCGGAAGUCGAGUUUCUUGCCUUAGCGAAAGGAGCCGGAUUUACAGGCAUAAGAUUGUACUGUUCUGUAUGCAACUUUUGGGUCAUGGAAUUCCACAAGUAG